UUUUGAACACAAGGAUUUUGUGAACCCCUCCUUUCUCAAGAAAUGAUACCUAACCCUCACACAGUAUAUAAAACACAGCCCAGUUCAAGACUACACUAAAGAGAAAGAAAUGGGGCUAUUGACUGCCGUGUUUAUUGCAACAGGUACUGCCAUCGCAGCUCCUGUUGUUCUGGGAGUAGUAGGAGCCUUAGGUUUCACCUCAGCUGGAAUAGCAGUAAGCUCCUAUGCUGCUAGCAUGAUGCCGGUCGCUAACGGAGGAGCAGUGGCAGCAGGAAGUGCAGUGGCUGUUUUGCACGCAGCAGGUGCAGCUGCGACUGGCGCUGGAGCAGCAGUGGGAUGGCUGGCUGCCAUAAUCAUCUAAAAAAUCAAGACGGAACAAGAUGAAGAUUUUUACUUUUGCCAAGUGAAGGAGGCAACUGCAAAUGAUAUCAGUUCACUUACUAAACAGCACUUUUGUCCUAUCAGGCAACUGAAAUGUUUUGUGCAAUAAAUCUUUAUAACCUGUGAAAGAUA